UAUUUCUACACCGUAGUACCUUUUAUCCGAGUACUCCCGUAGCUGUACUGACGUUUCUCCAGCAGGGGGCGCUGGUGCAACACUGAGAAAACCGUCUGUCAUUUAAAAAAGCCAAAGAAGAAGAAGAGGAGCCAACGGCUCUGACGCGAACCAAUCACAGCUCACCAUCCCGCUGCCUAGUGACGAGCAACCAAUAGGAAGCUUCUCCGUGAGCGCGGCUCUGUUUGUUGUUGCGCUGCUCUCUCAGAUUCCCGCUGUUUAGCGACAGUAACGUGUCGUUUAGCGCGUUCAGGCUGUUCAACCCGCCGACAUGAGCCUGUCUCUCCGGACGGAACUCUCGGCAGACAAAAGCAAACGCAAGAAGAGAAGAGAGCUGACGGAGGAUCAGAGACAUGAAGUCAAAGAGGCCUUCGAGCUGUUCGACACCGACAGAGACAAAGAGAUCGACUACCACGAGCUGAAGGUGGCGAUGCGCGCGCUCGGCUUCGAGGUGAAGAAAGUCGACGUCCUGAAGAUCCUUAAAGACUACGACCGAGAGGGAACCGGGAAGAUCUGCUUCCAGGACUUCAGUGAAGUCGUGACGGGCCUGAUCCUGGACCGGGACCCCCUGGACGAGGCCUCCAAGGCCUUCAAGCUGUUCGACGACGACGAGUCCGGAAGGAUCGGCCUGAGGAACCUGAGGAGAGUCGCCCGCGAGCUCGGAGAGGAGGUGAGCGACGAGGAGUUGAGGAGCAUGAUCCACGAGUUCGACGCCGACGGGGACGGGGAGAUAAACCUGGAGGAGUUCCACUCCAUCAUGACCGGGGACUCCUGAGGUGAUGAAGACGAGGAAAGAAUUUGAUUCCACUGGCUUCACGUUGAAGAGCUUCUCUUCACUUUCCCUCAGAGGGGAGGCUAGUUCAGGGUUGUUGUUGUUGUUGUUGUUGUUGUUGUUGUUGUUGCCAGAUGUGAUCACAGGAGGAAAAGUGACAAACAUUUUGUUUGGUUGUAUUUUCAACGUGAAUGUUUCAGUGAUAUUGAUUUGGAGUAUAAUAAACGGUUCUGUUGGAAA